GAUUAUUGGAUGUGCUCGAUGUAAUGUACCGUAUGCUGUACGAUUACGUAACUAACGUAACGUACAUAGUACAAAUGGAAGAAUCAAAGAGUCGUGUACGUACGUACGCCGUUUUUACAUUAAACUGAAGACGUCCCAGUGUUUCUUCGGCAAUAAAAUCGCCACUGGCUACUGGUGACUGACAACUGGAUCGUUUCGUGUCUACCGGUCUACCGCUCUCGCUCUGUCACGAUCAGUCACACGCGUCGUGAUUGUCGAAUGUCGAAUGUCGGCUACGUUGGAGAGAAAAAAAAAGGGAAAAAUGAACGAUGCAGGAAGUGCAUCGUUCAGCUGGAAAGACGGAAAGAGCAGACCUAAGGACAGUGAGGACAAAUAGAACGUGCGUAUUCCAGUUCCUCUUUCGCGCUCUUGGAUAUACGACGGAAGAGAAUUUAAAAAAUCGUGGACAUUGACUACGUAGUGCUAUGUGCUACGUAGUAAGUAGUUUACGUCCACGUUUUAUGCGGGCGUAUUUAUAGAGACACUUUAAAAUAAAGUUAACGUGUGGCUGUGGGUUGUGGCCGCUUUCAGCUCUGCUCAGAUCUCAGUCAGGCUUCUGUGACCACUUGACCAGUGACAGUGAGGCAGUGACUUUUGAUGACUUCUGUCUGGUAACAGCUCUAACAGCAGUAACCACUAACCAGCAACAGCACGCAGCUACGUCACUACGCGAUGUCAUUGAUGACGUCACCGCCGUCACCGGUCAGUCCGGUCGGCGGUCAUCCUGACGCCUCGUGCCAUGCCGUUACGUAUACGCGUAAGAGUGAGAAAACACAUGAAGAACACCAAGUGCGCAACAUCCGUCUUUCCGUAUCCGUUCCAUACGCAUCUACGCAUGUGCCACGGUGUCAUUGAUAUUGGAAUGUAGCGGUGUAGUGUGAGACUGAAAAUCGAUAAGAACGUCGAGAAUAGAUCAAUAGAGGGAUUUUAUAGUAUGUAUCAACAGCACGUCAUCGGCACCACGUCGGCAGGUCCAGGCAGGUCGGCGGGUAUCCUUUAGCCACAUCGAGAUUGACGUUACGAUCCCAAGUAGUUUGGGAUCGCGACGGCUGUAACUAUCAUCAAGAAGAAGUUGGAGCAAGGAGACACGUGUCCUUGUCCGGCAAAAGCUGCGCGGCGUUAAACGUCGGCUGCUGGUGAAUAAUAAACGUAAAUAAAAUACGUGGAGGAGUACUGUCGUAAAGAUCAGAAGAGCUAAAACGAAAAACGAUCGACAUGGGCCUCAAGGACUUACGAAUAGAGUUCGACAAUCAAUGGAGCACGUAUUAUCCUGGACAAACGGUGAGAGGUAACGUCAUCGUUGUUCUGGACAGCACGAAGAAGAUUCGCGGUAUAAGCGUGAAAAUAAAAGGUGAAGCGAAUACUUGGUGUGUAGUUAAAAAAGAAGAUAUUGAGCGCAAGGGAGAUUAUCAUGAUGAGGUUGCCACAGCACAUGAAGAAUAUUUUGAAACAAAAUAUUACUUGGUUGGAUCAGCUUCGGGUGGAGAAAUUGAAAUACAAUCAGGAGAACACAAAUUUCCAUUUACUUGUUCCUUGCCGAUGAACUUGCCGAGUAGUUUCGAAUCGGAGUUUGGAUACAUUCGUUAUAUCGUCAAAGCCACGCUGGAUCGGCCUUGGAAGUUCGAUCAUGAAGCUAAGAGUCUUUUCACAGUUGUCGUUCCUUUGGAUUUGAAUCAAGAACCCAGAGCGGCUGAACCCGUGCAGCAAGAAAUGAGUAAAACGUUUUGUUGCUUAUGUUGCGGUACGCCACCUUUGACCGUAAAUUUUUCACUACCGGCUCGAGGGUACGUGCCCGGACAAACGAUGCCAAUAAAGAUAAAUGUCGAGAAUUUAUCAAACGUUGUUGUGACCGUCAUCAAACUCAUGCUGCGUGAGGUUGUGACUGUCCGUGUUACGGAUCCUUCCGAGACUAGAAUACAAGAACGUGUGAUAGCAGAGGUCAGCAAAGGACCGAUCCAAGCCGGUGGAACCGCCGAUUACGAGCAACAUCUGAACGUUCCGCCUCUUCCGCCAUCAAAUUCGUUCGCUACGUGCCAGUACAUCGAUCUUGAAUAUGAGUUGAAGGUGGAAGCAUGCGUUGAAGGAUGGUAUCAUCGGAAUCUGUCCGCCAAAAUACCCAUCCUUGUGGGAACGGUUCCGCUCUCGGUUCAUCAUGCCCCGAGUGCUCCACCAGCGGGACUAGACGGUGAUUAUACCGAACGGAGGCCACUGGAAGUUGGUUUCGUUAUACCUUCGGCAAAUACUGCCGUGCCUCCAUUACCAGAAUCUACGUUAUAUCCAAACUUACCUCCACCGUCCUUCGAGGAAUCGUCAUAUGCCGCCAAAAAUUUUCGCGAGAAAGAAGAAUCGGAAUAUGUUUACGGUCUGGGUAAACAUUUUGCACCAAGAUAUCCAGUAUAUAAUUUUGCACCUGCGCAGUAACGAGAAAACGAGAAAUAUUACUGUUGAGAUUAAAUUUUUUUUUUAAUUGUUGGAACGCGUACUUAGCUUUUUUUGCGAUACGACGUGUGACGCAUACAACGUGCGAGGUACUCAGCUUCAAAUAGUCGCUUCUACUCAGCGUUUGGGAUACGCAUGAUGUAGGUACAUACAAAACGCACACGUUUUAGCGUACAUAAUGAAACGAACAAAUGAAAGCGUUUUUAGCAUUUAAAUUUAUAUAAAUCUCGCAGAGAACGUAUGAAUGCGACAUAUAUGUAUAUGACGAUAUAAGUGUAUAUUUUUAGAAAAAAAAAAUAUAUAAUAUAUAUUUGUUCAAGUGUAUCAUAAGACAAGACGUUAAGAUCUAUGCUUUUUAUGUCAGCACGCUCGGAAUAUAUAUAUAUAUAUAUAUGUCGUGCAAUGUGUUACGCGUCAUUGUGUCAAGUGAAAGAUUGAAUACACGAGUGUAUUGUAUGUUUUAUGUAAAGGUGUGUGUUGUAAACGAAAAAAUACAUUUUUAAUACGUAGAGGGAGGGGGGGACAUUACAUUACAAAGAAGUUCGUCGUUGAAGAAGAUAUUUUGUGGUUAGCGUGGUCUUGUAGAGGUGACAUUUCAAGCUCGUUUCUACUUUCCUAAAUAAAAUCAUGCUUUUUCGUAAAGUACGUUUUCUUUCGUGUUAUAUAUAAAAAUAUGAUAGGGUUAUCGUGAAAAGUGAAUUUGUGACAUUUCAUAUUUUAUCCUAAAAUACAUUCAAAUGUAAAAUAUAAUGUGUCUUGUAAGGCAUUUUUGAUAACCUUAUCUUAAUACGUUAAUAUGCCGUAUGAUAAAGAAAAUCAGUUUGCACGAUUUUUAUAAAAUUUGUAUAAUCGCAGUCAACCUCUGCGCACGCUACGGUUGGAAGGUUAACGAUGCACGCUAUUUUUUCCGUGAAAGUCGCAGAGAUAACAGCUAUGCCGUUAUCGAUCCUAGAUCCUAGAUCCGAUGCAUAUAGUGUAUCGUAUUUAUUUUCUGUAUCUCGACAAGACAUGUCUCGACGUCAUGCUAUAUUUCCCUAGUUUCCCAUCGUCACGUGUGGUAUUAUCUUACGCGGAUCUAGAUAUUGUUUAUACGAUAGUAAAAUUUUAAGGCUUAACCGGCAUUUGUAAAGAUGAAAGGUCCGUAUAUUUAUAUCUGAAAGAUUAAUCGAGUUGAAUGUAAUGUGACAACUAAUAACUGAAAAUCGACAUGAUGUUAGAAAACAUAACAUUUUUUUCUAAAAAGAAUUUAACAUCACACGUUAAUUUUUUUCUAAAUAAAAAGGAUAUUUAACA